GUCUCCGACGCCGCCGUUCAUCGCUCCGCCUCCCGGAAAAAUCGCCGUCGAAUGCGUGGUACAUCGCGGAAUCCAUGGACGGAGGAAGAGCACAUGCGCUUCCUGCGGGGACUGGAUGAGUUAGGGAAAGGCGAUUGGAGAGCGAUCUCCAGGAACUACGUCGUAACUCGGACGCCAACUCAGGUGGCGAGUCACGCUCAGAAAUACUUUCUCCGGCUCAACUGCCUAAACAACCGCCGCCGCCGUGGAUCGAGCUUGUUCGACAUAACCAUCGAUUCCGUAACCAUUUCCCGUCAGGAGAAGCCGAUGGUUUUUCCGGUGAUCGGAGAAUCUUCCCAGACGCCUAUCCGAAUGUUCCAACCUCCGGUUCUGAGAAUAUCUGACCUCAGCCUCAACGACCGGCCGCCGGAGCUGUUCCUCAGCCUGGCGAUGCCUUCAUCGCCGUCGUCUUCCGACGAGCCCAACCCCGUCGACGCUUGAGAACAAUGCUACUGCUAAUAUUAUAUAAUUGUAUAAUUAUCAGAUGUGUUAAGGAACUGAGGAUGUGCUGCCGUUUUCGUCGUACGAAUGUAUAUCUCUCUCUCUCUCUAUGUUAUGGAGAGAGAAAAUAAAGCAAAAACGGCAGGUAGUUCUCAGUGUGGCUCGCUCUCCUCCCGGCGGUGAUAAUCACGGCUAUGUUCGAGUUCCUACAGGAACUGCGUGCUGUUUAGUGUCCUUGUGUAAAGUAGGCCUCGUAGGAAUCGCUUGUAUUUCCCCCCAAGUUAUGAAUAUUGUGUGUGUGUGAAAUCUAAUAUAAUAUGGUAAGCAUAAACUCAAUGGGUUUUUUUAGGGAAGAGACGGUUGCUUUUUCCUA